CGGUCUAAACUUCCAAAAUAUAAUCAUUUCUAGUAUAUUUCUUUUCAAAGCUAGCGUCUUCUAAUAUAAGUAUAGUGGUUGUGUUUCGAUUGAUCAUGGCUGAUAACUUACCUUUGAUACCCGGAAAAGAAACAGUAUGCGCGGACGUGAAACCGGUUUUACGGGAAGUGUUUCAAGAGAAGGAUCAGCUUCCUCCCAUCUCGGAGAAGGGCAGUGCUACUGAUGAUGAAAAACAAUGGCUGGAAAAAUACAAUUCGGAAUGCGAAAAGAUCUGGCACCACGAAGGCGAUUUGAGACAAAAAUUUGCGAAGAGAAUAUCUAAAAAACCUGCCCCAAACUUGUACAAACUUUAUGGGGCUGAGGACAAGAAAGAUGAAGAGCAGGAUGGCUUCAUUAUGAGAAAAGAUCUUAUGCCAAGUAUUCUGCAGAGUGCAACAGGUGACAAGAGCCUUUGGGUCCAAAAUGUUUUGAACAAGAGUUCUUGUGACGUCAUCCACAAGGAUAAACCAGUGGCCACAAGAAUGCAUCAGCCACUUAAGACUAUUGGUCUUGACGAAUAUUCCAGGCAAACGUACAGUGUUGGCGAGCUGGCAGUGUGGAAAACGCCCGCACCACCCGUCGAGAUAAUAAAACCAGUGCCUGAAUACGUAUACUGCUUGCCAGAACAAAUUAACUUCGUUAACUUCACUCUGGGACAUACCUAUACUCAACAUCUCCGAUUGAUCAACGUCUCGAAGUUCGAAGUCCGUCUAUCGGUGUCACUGCCGAAGCGUAGCGAGCUUAAAGUAGAACUUUCCGGGUCUCGUGGUCUACGGGUCACUGCCGGCUCAGCUACUGAAUUAAAGAUACAUUUUCACCCAAAAGACGUGCGCGCUUUUCAUGAUGAGUUGCGUAUACGCACCUCUUUAGGCAAAGGCUUGCGUGUACCAAUCGCCUGUUAUAUGGAGCCACCCGAGUUGCACAUUUUCGUGCAAAAAAUGGACACGCCAGUUUUUACCAGCACUGACCUCAUGGCCUUCAAAAUCUCAGAAAAUCAAGGGAAUAUUGUAGAUUUGGGUGCCAAGCUAUUAGGAGACCAGCAUUACGCUUCAUUGGUUCUGCAAUGCAACGAAGCCCAUGCAUCAUUUUUUCUCCUUACUGAAGACGCUUGGCUUGAAUGCAAUAUUGAGGAGUUAACUGCCAAAGGAAACUUGAAUAUCGGCCCAUUUACCAUUCAUCCAGCAUGGUGGUCCGGCGGCGGUAUAGUUCGCGGGAUCAUCCGCUGUCGCGCCUCAGAACUGGGGUUCCACAGUGCUGAAAUAAGAGUCCUGUCAUCUACGGCUGUGACUAGAUUGUUCCAUGUUGUUGCUGACUCGGUGUAUUACGACCCUGCGCAUAUUACGAUACAGGCUCACGAGAAGGAUUACGAUAUAAAUAGCGAAGAUGAUCCUGAGUGCGAGUAUUAUGUAAACGUGGGCACCGCUUUUCCGAAUCGUCCUUUAUCCACUACAAUACAGAUCGUUAACCAUAGUCCAGUUUCAUACUCGUUUUCCUGGAAAUCAAGACCUUGGGGGAAAUGCUCGUGCUGGCAGGAGCACUUGACUUCAGGGUCUGUUUUGGAGGAGCAAGAGGAAAUAAGCAAUCAAUUGUGUCCGGCAGCAGUAGCUGCUAAGGAGGCUGGAGAGAAGCUUGCGGACCCUAACUCGGAGGAAAACACUCAUCGAGUACGACUCCCGGACAGAGCGAUUGUGCGCGAGCGCGGCGCGUGCGCUGUGCGAGUUCACGUAUCUGACGCCGGCGCGCAGCUAGGGACACAACGCAGUGUGCUGCAAUUAAUUUUGGAGAACAUACCAAUGGAAAGCCUCAAGUUCGACUGCCAACCAAAUAUCGUAUGCACGAGAAUAGCGGACGAAGUCGGUCCUGAUGGAAAAGUUUGGACACGCACAGUUUGUGAUAUCGUGCAAGCUCAAGUAGAGGUCUGGUGGAACGUGGUACCUGUUCGCUUCAUGCUAGACCCGCUCAUGCUACCUCUCGUUCAUUCAAGAAGGGUGAAAGCUGUUCCAGUCUCGUUCUGCGCGACCCAACUAUACGGAUUGGAUGACAUCUCCACACUUUGGCACUCUUCAGCUUCCAUGGUGCUGCCAGCGGGCUUGGAACUCUCUCCCUUUACUACGAUUGGAGCUAAAUUGGUAGUACCACUACCGGUGCUUCCCAACGAAUAUCCUGAAAAUGAUGUUAUAACAUUGAAAGCAGGAACGGACGAGUGGUCUGUGAACUGCCACGUGACACGCGCAUGCGCGACACGACACCCAGGUUUAACUCCGGCGCGCCAUUGGCUCGGCGUUGUCGUGCCUGGAGCCAAGAUGUCGGCCAAAAUGGUGAUCUUCAACGAUACUCACCAGGAUAUCUGCUGGUGGGCGACUCCGUACCGCUGGACGGGCGAGAAUCCGCCCAGCAAAGCAUGUGCGCAGGCCGAUCGUACAUGCGAUGUAUGUCUCGAACUCGCUUGCACAUGCUCGCUAGUCAGACCUAGUAGAGGAAGCUUGACUCACAACAAGCGCUCCAGGAUGGAAUACAACGUCCAUGCGCCUAUGACGGACCGCAUCGUAGCGACACUGGUGAAACUGACCCGCACAGCUCCUGAUACGGCAAGAAUACCGGGCGCUCCGGCAUGCAAUUCAAGGGCCACCUUGCUAGCUUACCGGGUCGUGGCGCCCCGGCUGGUGCUAGAAGUAUUUCCUUGCAGUGGCGACAAGAAGGGCGAUUGCGAAGCGUGCGAUCUAGACCCUGGCGUGAAGAUCCAAGGUUGCGCCUUGCUGCGACCGAGCCGAGCACUGACUCCUUGCUGCUGCUCAUGCUACAAGCUGCGGAUAACUAAUACUACGCCCAUAGCCACCACUGUGUGUUGGGAGGCACCCCUUGAUGGCGAAGAAUAUCUCAGAGUCAAGUUUUUACCAAACGAUUUCGAAAUCGGAAGUUAUAACGAAAAACAAAUAUCGGUAAUUUUGGAACCUCGACGAGUGUGCAGGCGCAGACUAUUCGUGUUUAGAGCGAAGGUCGCGCAUGCAUACAAGCCGCUUUAUCUUCUUAUCGACACUGCUAUAGAUGGUGUUCGAAUAAUCUGCGAAGUGCCUCUGGGUGGAGGCGAGAGGAAAAAUUCCAUCAUUGCUCUUCGCGGAAUACAGAUGGAGACAUAUCCAUGGGACAACACCAAUAAACCCACUUCACCAGACGAGUGUUUUGAGGCCGAAGAUCGCAAGAGAGCCAUAGUGCAAGAAAACAUAUGCCACUGUAAAUUUGAGUUGAAGUAUAUUCCACCGAUAAAACCUCUUCUCCCACCGUCAUCUGUACCCUCUUCUACAGAAGUAGUGACUUCGCCUCCUUCGUUGACCAGAGUUUGCGAGUGCUUCGGCAAGGCAAAACCAGUACUUCCUGAGCAUGAAGAACCCUGCUGCUUACAGUUCAGAAGCAUCCCUAUAAAAACAGUGAGAUCUCGGAGGCUGACGCUUCGCAAUGAUGGCAAGGUGACGGCACGAUGGCGGACGGUGAUCCGGCGCUGGCCACGCCUGAAGAAUCGAGUGGCCACUAUAGACGCAUUAACUUUUGGAGGUGACCGAUGGGCAGGCGACGUGCGGGCACCGGGCGUUGUGAUUCAAUGUUCCCCGGCUACAGGAAUCUGCAUGGUCGGUCAAAACGUGGACAUACUUGUGCAAGUUUACGCGGACAGUUGGGGCCUAUACUAUGACCAGAUCAUGCUGAUGGUGGACCACAUAGAACCCAUCGUUGUGGACGUGUGGAUUGAAGUGGUUGGGCCGGUAGUGCAGUUUGCAACUCCCUCUACGGUGCAGGAAUUUGAAUCAACUAUGUGGUUGUCAACAUCGGAUCCACAGCGCACGCUGCGAGUAAGGAACACAUCGCGUUCUCGGCUUACCGUACAUGCUUACACACUUCUCGAACAUGAACACUUUCAAGACACUUUGCCCUUCCGGCUGUACAUGCAGUUCACGGAUAAUUUGAAGCCCAUCUGCCCUUGUUCCGAAAAUGUUUCUAGCGAUUCUUUAGACAUUAGCGAGGAAGCUUCCACGUUUUCAGACAAGAUGGAUACUGGUAUUGAAGUGUAUCUAGCAGAAGAUUUCGGUCUACAGGACGAAGAAUAUUAUAAGGUAGAACCACGGAUUUGUUCAGUGGCGCCUGGAGAAUGGAAGGAGUGGCGCGUGAGUUUAAACCCCUUGGUGGGGGGAGAGACUGCGCCACCUGGAGUGGUGCUGCUAAGAACUAUUCCAGUUGAUGACCGAGAGAACAACUGGUUCCGCUGGGAGCCAGCACCAGCGCGGGUGGGCGUCCGGCAAGCGCCGCGCGCGCCGGUUCUACGGCUUUCGUGUAGGGAGGUGCGCGCGCAUAUGUGCGCGCUAGAACUACAUUACAACGAAAUUGCUAGGGUUCGCAAGCGCUUUCGAAUGCGAAACAUCGGCACUGCUCCACUACUGGUGCACUGUGUGACGGAGGCCCCGUGGCAGAUCGUCGUUAACAAGCAGCGCAACGAUUGUGAAUGUGGCUGCGAACAUGAGCUGGGUGAACGGCACGACGAGUUUGAGCUAAUGGUGGAACCCUGGAGCUCGACUUCGAUGUGCGUCGAGGUGGCGGUGGAUACCGCAGAAAUGUGGCCGAUAGUUGAAGAGGCAAAUGACGUGGACAAGAAGUGCAUACUCUCGAGCUAUCCCCCUAAACGUGAGGUCACCGGUCAAAUGGUGUUCUCCUGUGAGGAAGGGAUUUUGGAGACGUUGCCACUGAUACUAGAUGUGGACUUUCCCCGCCUGUCUCUCGAACCAGAAGCCAUUGAUUUUGGAUUCGUCACUCAUGGAGACACACGGAAGACUUACUUUUCAGUAUGGCAUUCAAGCCUAAGCGCAACCAUCACACUAGGUGUGAUGUGGCACGGUAGUGCGAAACUGCGACUGUAUCCUCGCCACUUACGUGUCGUCCCGGGGAAGCGCGAGCGUGUCUACCUCCAGUACACUGCUGCGUGGACAGGCGCCCCAGUACCAAUAGAAGGCUGCGUCCGCAUAGCGGCAGCCGCCGGUGCGGGCGCGUGGUGCCGCGGCGCUCUGUACGUGCGCGCUCAGCCCGCUCGCGACGCCAAAUUUAGCCAAGAGGUGCAUGACCACACGGAUCAGUGGAACUUGUGGCCCCCGUCAUUGCCUCGGCUGUGAGAUCGCGGUUUUUACGAAGAUCUUGAACGAACAUAGUGGAGAAUUAAAAUUAAAGCUUCGUUGAAAGCAGAUUUCUAUCUUUUUAACUUUAUUGUCAUAUAUUGUAUAAAUGUUUUAAUAAACGUUGCUAUCACUAAUAAUAAGGUGAUUUUAGUUUUACUAUGAUGUUAAAAUUAUUUGUCUCAUACAAGCACGAAGAUAAAGGCAUGUCACUGGUCUGACGCUGCAUGCUGUGCACGAGUUUGGCGUCAAUUUGAAUAAGAAGACGGCAACUAUUUCUUUACAGCGGUAAACGGUAUAAAUAACCAUUUUAAGGAUUUCAUUUUUGUCGGCUGAUAGAUCGUUGUAAAGUCUAGAAAGGGGAUAGCACUAGCUUCUUCCCACGACAUCGUCUGCGUAGACAAAAGUAUCCUGUGCUUAUCCGGGACUCAAAUCAGUUAAGCGGUUUAGGAGUAGAGAGGUUUAGCAGAAGACUAAAGUCAAUUCUCAUCGGACGAAAACAAUUAUAUUAUUUGGAAACGGUUAGUGUGGUAACGUCCGUAGUUUCAUGAUAUUAAUUAAAAUUUAAAUCUAUUCUCACAUUAAUACAGAUAAGUACAUUCCGGGCACAAAAGUAAUUCCGGAACAACCGGAAUUCUCGUACAAUAGUUCCGUGCACUAUCCUACAAUGGUCCGCUAAGCGUGUACCUAUUUAAUUUAACCCCUUUGCGGUCGUUAAUAGCGCUUCAUUGUGACCGGAAAAUCCGUUUCGAAUAGCGGAAACAUUACAAAAUCUAGUUUG